AUGGACCCUAGGAUCUUGACUCUUGAACGCUUCACCCUGGAGCCAGGCUAUCUUGUGUGUGAGAAUGGUUGUACCAAUGCUGAUAUGACUGUAUGGUGGUUCCGAUGGUACACCGUCGACUCCAAACAUUACGCCCUGUGGUCUUCGUAUGAAUGCGUCAGCGUAGUGUCGCAGAUGGCCCACUGCAUGCACCGCAUCGAUCUCGCGGACGAAGAGAAAUGGGCCGAUACCACACACUUGGCCAACAAGUUUCUCGGCGCCGACUGA